CGUGACAUUGCGCAUGCGCCUACCUCUCGCGUCUUCGACCUCUACUCCAAGCCGCCAGCAGACACUGAAUCAACGCCAGCUCCUUUAGCUGACCUGACCACUGCGUCCCUUCGUAAUGUAUGCCUGUGCUAAGUUCGUCUCCACGCCCUCUCUGGUCCGUGCUGGAUCUCGGGCUCUGUACAGACCACUCUCAGCAGCAGUAGUCUCAGAUGCCAGGAGAGCAGAGACUGCUUCACUGCUGGCACCACAGGGUAUCAUGUCCUCCCAGCAGCAGCUGGCAGUGCGGGGAUUCCAGACCAGCACUGUUAGUCGUGACAUUGACACUGCUGCAAAGUUCAUUGGAGCAGGAGCUGCCACAGUGGGAGUGGCUGGAUCUGGUGCUGGAAUUGGAACGGUGUUUGGUAGCCUUAUUAUUGGAUAUGCCAGGAACCCCUCUCUGAAGCAGCAGCUGUUCUCUUACGCCAUCCUGGGCUUCGCUUUGUCUGAAGCCAUGGGUCUUUUCUGUCUGAUGGUUGCAUUCCUUAUCCUGUUUGCCAUGUAAACCAGCAAGGCAUUUGCUGCAAGGGAAUACAUCACAAUGCUAAGAAGAAUUAGCAUUUUUAGAUGCCCUUGAAUGGUACAAUGGUUUCAUCUUAUGCUGCCUACUCUUGUUCAUUGGUGUUUCUUAAAAGAUUGUGAACCCACUGAUAUGAAACUCUGGCAAACCCAAAUCAUUUUAAUGAUGGUUUUGCCAUUAUAUUGUAUAUUUAAUCUAAUGUUUUUGUUAACAAACAUGCAACCAAUAACAGAAGUAAAAGGUUUCAUUCAU